ACUAAUAAUGGAGAAAUAUCUCGUUCCCUCCCUCCUUCCAUCUCUCAACGACCCUCCCCUAUAUUUCUCUCUCUCUUUCUCUCUCCACGCAACGAUCUAGUCUCGCCAUCCUCCUCUACUCCUCUCCCCUAUCCCCGCUUCCUUCGCCACAAGUCACUGAGGAGCCGCCGGAGCAAUGGUGGAAGCAGCAGCUGUGGUCCACAAGGCGGCCGCGGCCGUGAUGAGAUCGUCGUCACAGAAGAAGAUCAAGCAGGAGCCUGCAGAGACGACGACGAUCCGCAAACUAGUUCGCGUCUUCUGCGAGGACCGUGACGCCACGGACUCCUCCGGCGACGAGGCUGCUGCCGGUGACGGUGCUUCUGGAGCGCGCGGGGUGCGUAAGUUUGUCAAAGAGAUCGUCUUGGAGGAGCGUCGCCCUUGUUGCGAUGUCACGGCGAACCCGGUGCCUGCCGGGAGGAUCGCCGGCGGUGGCAAGAGGAAAGCGCCGGCCGGCGCGGGGGCGGAGCCGAGGUACAGGGGCGUGCGGAGAAGGCCGUGGGGGAAGUACGCGGCGGAGAUCCGCGACCCGCACAAGGGCGAGCGGGUGUGGCUGGGCACCUUCGACACCGCCGAGGAGGCGGCCAGGAAGUACGACAGCGAGGCCCGCCGACUCCGCGGGCCAUCGGCGACAACCAACUUUCCCGCAGCGCCAACGACGCGGCCUGAUCGUGUUCCACUUCCACCGUCGUCGCCGCACGCCGUUCCUGCCGUGGGCGAGCUCUCCUCCGCCGAAGAGUCCAGCGACGAGUCCCAGCUGGUGGUGGGCUCGCCGGUGUCCGUCCUCCGGGCAAUGCCUGGCGAGACGACGCCUCUGACGACGCUGAAGCCCACCGACGCCGCCGAUUCCACAGCCAAGAAAGACGCGGCGCCCGGCGGGGGCGCCGGCCUCUCCCCGUUCUCCGCCGACGCGCUCCUGCCUGAUCAGCUCGGCGGCGAGGACGUGUUCUCCUUCACCCCUUUCGGCGGCGAUCCGGACUUUGGCGGCGUCCCGUUCGACGACUCGCCCACGCCGCCACUCAUCGACUACCUCGCCGACGACCCGACGCUCGACCUCGGCAGCCUCCCGAUGUGGCCAGGAGUCGACGGCUGCCGCUUCAGCGACAUCGGCGACGACGACCUCUUCUCCCUCCCCCCGCUCUGAAGGAAUUAAUGAUCGUCGAGCAGCAGCGCGGCGCGGCGGCCGGCGCCGGAAGUGUUGUCCUUUCCCUUGUAUGUAUGGAGCCAAAUGCUAUUCUUUUUUUAGUUAUUAGAACAAAUUAUUCUCUCUUGGCGUCGACAUCUCAUCUCAUUCUCAUUCAUUCAGUGUGCAUUCGGUGUGUUAAGUAAUCGAUGAGUACAUGUAUUCAUUGUGUUAAUGCAUAAGGCGAGAC